AUGGUCCGGGACGGUGCUGGUUUUGUCUUUGCGAUCCGGGCUUGGAUUAAGGCUUGUCGGGAAGAAGCACAUCACUUAGUGACGAAGCUCACUCAGCUAGGAGGGAGACCGGUGAAGGCUCGAGAACUUUUCACCUCCAGCGUGCUGAACAAUAUUCUGUUCUACUUGGUCGGGGCCCGCUACGACCUGGACGAUCCGAAGCUGGAGCGAAUGACUAAGUUUGUGGCGGCCUUGUCGGGAGUGGGCUUGGAUUUCUCAUUCGAAAAUCUGCCUGCCUGGAUAAAGUGGUUGUCUCAUCGUCUCUCCGUGGAAAGGAACAGUUCAGCCAUAUCGAGCCACAUUGAAGAAUUUAUGGAUUACAUGAGCGAGGAAGUACGCAAGUACAUCAAUAUUCGAGAAAGCCAGCGGAAUGAAUGCUUCAUGGAAUCAUUCCUGAUGGAAAUUGAGAACCGUGAAGACGAUGACGAGUGUUUCACAGAGAGCCGCCUGGUAGGGAAUGUGUGCGACCUGAUGGUUGCGGCGACCACCACCACGGCAAAUGUGCUUCAGUCGCACAUGCUGCAGCUCGCUUCCGAGCCGGAAGGUCUGCAGGCGCAGCUACAGCAUGAGAUCGACGCUGUGGUGGGCCGUGAGCGGCUGCCGACGUGGGAGGAUCGUGUCUGCAUGCCCCUCACCAUGGCCGCUAUAUGGGAGAUGUACCGCUGCAAGCCGCCGACCCCCAUUGGUAUUCCAAGAGAGGCAGCUGAGGAUGCGCAUUUUGGUAGCCACUUUAUACCCAAGCAAAGCGUGAUUCUCUCCAAUCUGUGGGUGGCCCAAAGAAAUCCUGACCUAUGGGAGAAACCUAAUGAAUUCAACCCCGGAAGGUUCCUGAAGCAAGAUGGUUCUGUACAGCUAACGCGGCCGAAAGGGGUUCUGGCCUUCUCAGUCGGAAAGCGAAUGUGCCCGGGCGAGUCCAUGGCGAACGCUGAGGUGUUCCUAUACAUGACGUCACUGCUGCAGAGGUUCCGAAUUCUGCACGAGGAAGGCCGCAGUCUGGACUUUCACAACACCAGUGUGCCUGCUAAAGAAAUAGCAGAAAUAAAAGUCCGCUUUCUGUCCCGCUGA